CACACUGGCAGUCUACAUGUAGUUGUGGCGACGCACGCAGUCACACUCACAUCCUCCUCAGUACAGCUUUUGACUCCAGAAGCAACGUGACUGGCAGACAAUAAGGGAAAAGUACAUGCACACAAAGCCACUGAAUGCGAGAAUCAUUGUUGUCUUGAUAGGAUUAACAGAAACAUUUUACUGUUAUAUGCUGUCUUCACUUGUUUGUAUAUCGUGUAAGUGAAGGCUCGUGAAAGCUUCUCAUACAGUUUAACAGAGGAAGCACUGCACAGGAAUUCAGCAAAGGAAGAACCGCCUAACGAAAGAAGAAUUAUAGUUAUUCAAAAUGGAAGAAAUACUCGUAGAUUCCAUGUCUGAGGAAGAUGUGGUGCUUCCCUUCGCGGAGGUGACGCAGAUGUUUGUAGAUCAGGUGACUGAUACCCUUCAUCCAUCCGCCGAACCCCAGAUGGAACCCAGAUUCCUCUUCAGUGGCUACUCAGGCUGCAACGACGCCUUUUCGGUAUUCGGGUUCCUGGCAUUCCUGCUUGCGCUGUUCGACCUCAUCAUGGAGCUACAAAAUGACUCGGACAUGACCAGAUCAAUAAGGGACGUCAGUGGCAGGGAGCGACUGCCCUCGGAGCUCUUCGCUGAUCAACUGCUGCCCGUCAGCGGCAAUCAGAAGGCGGCGGCGGCGGCGGCGUGCUAUAGCAUGCUGCGAGGCUUCCUGCACGGCAUGACGACCACUGACGCAGCAUGCGCAGAGAAGUUCGUGUGUGAAGGAGCAGACGCGGCGGCAGCCACGGGUCCUCUGGGCCAGGUGAUCGCCAAAGUUGUCAGUCGGAACGCUGGCGACUGGCUGGCGCGGGUGCGUGAGACUCAGUACAAGGGCGUAGGCGAGGCAGGACAGGCCGGAGCACGGGGCGAGUCCUGUGACGGGAAGUACUUGGCGUGCCUGGACUAUCCGUCAUUCUAUAGCCACCCCAGCAUGUACGAUGCCUGGGCCGACGAUUACUGAGAUCAGCACUGCCAUCCUGGCGCCAAGACCUCCAGAUGUAGGUGCCUCCUCUGCAUCACCACAGCGCCACACACUAACACCCCUCAGUCCCCAUACUGGUCUGCUGUCGUAACUCUGUGACCUCACGUCCCACCAAUGUCCGGCAGACUGUACCAAAUAAAACCGUGGUGCCUC